UCAGAGAAGAAAAGCAGUAGUCAUCAUCGGUGGCACGCUGGUGAUAGGCUUACACAGCAAUGUCUUUCCCCGUGUCCGUGUAAAUAUAGAAACAUAUUGAUCUUGUGAAUGAUAACACGCCGGUGCCAGCACUACACGUCGCAAUGGCACUGGGUUGGCAAGAGAUCGCUGCACAGCAUGUGGAGCAGAUCACGGGAUAUGUGAGAGAAAUCCUGUCGUCCGGCCUCGUCUUCCUGAAGGCUGAGUUGGGAAUAGAUUUGGGCUUGAAUCCCGAUCAGUGCGCUCCAUGGGUGCUGCUCUUAACAGCCUGGGUCGGUCUGGUCCUGAUGCUGGUUUUAUGGGUCUCUGUUUGUCGUGGUGUCUCGAAAAGGUUUUCAGUGGAGAUCGACAACACCGGUCCAGCUCCACCGGUGACGAAACCAGACCUCAAAGCUGAUGAGCCGAAGAGAAGGAACAGAAAGAAGACAUCGGAUAAGAAAGCUCAUAGGAAUGGUCUUGCUGUUGAACCACUGGAAGAUGCUAUGGUGGUGGAAAAUCAAGGACCACAAGAUAUGAAGACUGACAAGGUAUUGGCAAAGAAGAAUAAGAAAAAGCCAAAGCAGCCUGUAAAAGAGAAGAAAUCCUCUACAUCUGCUGUUGGCAAAGAACCUGAUGAAGGUACCUGGGAGACCAAGGUCAGUAACCGCGAGAAACGGCAACAACGGAGAAAGGACAAGACUACUGGUGAUGGGUCAGCCAGCCCAAAAGCAACAGUGGUGGAGAGUGCCAUUAGUGUCAUGGAGCAAGUCUACACCAGCCCUGAAGAACCUGAAACAACCACCACUGCAUCUACACCUCCAGUCCAUAGAAAAGUGGAUGUUGAACCCCCUCAAAUUGAAGCAAGUUAUGCACGAGACAAUGUAAUUCCGCAAGUGACACCAUGUUGGCAAGAAGUGCUGUCUGUUAAUGGUUCUGGCUGGAGUGAUCUUGGCCUGCAGCUUCCUCCUCAAAUGUCCAGUGUUCAGGCAGAGAGCUGGACCAGCAUGAGUCUCUCGACUGAGCAUCAGAUUACUGAACCCUCUGUCUGGCCUCAAGAUAUGGAAGGCUCAUGGACCAUUGUGGAUAAAUUGCAUAUUCCAGUCUCAUUCAGUGGAUUAAAUGCUGUCCCUGACUUGAGUUGGAGUGCUCAGCCUCCACUUCAAGUGGAUGACGAAUGGUCUGGAAUAAACAGCGCAUCUGCAGAUCCAUUGUCUGAUUGGAACGCUCCAUCAGAGGAGUGGGGCAACUAUGUGGAGCAGCAUCCUGUGCGCACCAUGCCAUUGGAACAACCAGUCCUGGAGGUGGCACAGGAGUCUGAUACAGAGAAAGAGAAAGAUGAAGUAGGUGCUCCUGGUAAUUGUAAGGCUAAAAAGAAGAAAAAGAAAAAGAAGGUAGAAGAUGUUGGACCAUCUGUUCAGUCUCAGGUUAAGAAGGCAGAGAGAGACACGAGCGCUGCAGCACAGGCACUGAGCACGACAGGAAAUAUAUUCGCCGCCACGGCAGGGACACGUGUCGAGGAGGUGACACGUGCCGUAUCAUCAGCUCCUGUACAAAUGCAGCAGAGACCUGAGCCAACUGACAAACCCACAACUGUAACAACACAAAAAAAAACAGAGGACAGCUGGGAGUCUCCAAAACAAGUUAAAAAGAAGAAGGCACGGAGAGAGACAUGAAUGUGUGGCCUAUGUACACGAGAGAAGACAACAUAUGCAAUUUUUGGGUUGUACAGAUUUUCGGACUCGAUGAGAGACUGUGCUUUUUUGAUACCCCUAAUCUGCUGUGUUGUGAAUCCCAUCCCAGUGUCCCAUCCCAUUAGGUGUAUCUAGACCAUGUACUGUAACACGACAUAUGAAGGGACACUUAAAAAUCGUAGUAGUUUUUUCUUUUUUCCUUUUUUUUUAUGUACGUUAUUUAAAUAUUCAGUAAAUUUGAAAUGGUUUGUAUUUGCAGCAAAUUGUUUUUUUAAGAAGAAACUAGAUCCCCCAUUCAUUUCGUAAAGUGCCAGGGACAUAUCUAGAGCAGUGCGGUCAAGCAAUGUUGACCACGACACUCUUACGAUACACGCACAGGAAAGUAAGGGGAUCAUUCAGACCUGCUUGAGUUUCCAGGAAUCAUAGAUCAUUGUUGAACUGUUACAGUAGAGCGUUUCAUUCUACAUACAUGAAUCACUGGAGCAGCCAUACUAAAUGGAGUGCACUAACAAUGGAAUAGUUAACCCAAAAAUUUUAAUCAGUCACAUUUAUUCACCUCAUGUUGUUCCAAACCAGACUUUUUGUUUUUCCUUUCUUCAGUGGAACACAAAAGGAGAUGUCAGGCAAAAUGUGGUGACAGACUAAUGUACUGCCCAACAUCGUCUUUUGUGUUCAAUGGAUGAAAAAGUAAUACGGGUUUGGAACAAAAUAAGUGUGAGUGGCAACAUGAAUAAUGGCUGGAUUUCAUUUGAGUGAAUUUCCCUCUACCAAGUGUGUGUUUAAUUCUUUUCAACAGUAAAUCAAGCCAUAUGUGAAGACUAUAACUCUGAGACUUGCUGUUGUGGAGUGCAAGUAGAUCUCGCUAAUAUCAGACGAACAACUUUUUAACCUGCUUUGGUGAACUAGUGACGUUGACUGGGUAUUUGUGAUUAUUGUAACACCAGGUACUGCAGUGUCAGGACACUUUCAAUGCCUUGUGUUGUGCAAGGUGGCAGCAAAGAUCUGUCAGUUGCAUGCAGUUUAUUAUUUAUUUGAGUCUUUCUUAAGUCAUGUUUAACGAGUAAUAAAGAGU